AUGGUCGACAAGAUCUUCCUCUCGACGGUCGUUGCCGACGCUCUCUUCCUAGGUUCGGGUGUCAUGGAGUUGGUUUUUUCGCUGGUCGUACAGAGCCAGAUGAAGAACACGCCUACUGAUGGCGAGGAUGUUACAAGGAACUUGCUGUACCAAAGGUUUCCCCUGACCGCCGGUAUCGUCAAUGCCAUUUUCAUUCUCGUCACGUUUGCAGUAACACUGCCCGGACUCGUCAUGCCCGCUCGAAGCUUUCUCAAGGUGUCGGGAUAUAUGGUGACAGUGUGUGCGAUAUUCACUAUGUGUGUGGCUGUGUUCCUCUGGGUUAUGACGUUGAGGAUGAGUGAGCAAUUUUUCAAUAUCUACAUCGACCAAGAGCCAGACGUACAGAGCUUGAUCCAGGACUCGUGUUGUGGUUAUUUCAAUAGCACAACUCCGGCUUUUGUGAUGGAUUCGACUUGCAGCAGUCCUGCAAGUGCAGCGCUGCUACGUGGCUGUGCGGCAUCAAUCUCAAGUUUUGCAAACCUACAUAUCGACAGCAUUUUUACUGUUCUGUUUGGAAUCGUUGGUAUCGAUGCUAUCUUUAUCUUGUGCAUUGCAUGUCUGCUCAAGGACCGCAAGGAGCGCGAACGCUACCGACAUAUCGAUGAGAAGGCUGGCUACCGACAAAUCUAA